CCGGUCGUUUCCCCACCGUUGUUUCCUUCGGCGUCCUCUCCUAUUCUCGUGUGGUAUUGGGAGCUCUGCCAAUGCUAUAAAUAACCCUCCUACCGCCUCGCCUCCAACUCGUACUUGACCGCAGCAUAUGUCAGCGGCCCAGCGUCCCGCACUCCUGUUCCGUAGGUUUCGCCCUCCACUCCCAUCUCCUUGUCUCCAGUGAGAUGAACCCCAACUCCAACUGGUAAUAGUUGUUGUUGUAGUCGUAGAAUUCCCUUUCCCUGCCACAUCGAGCGGAAGGAGCUUGCUUUCCCUUCGAUUCUGCCUAAAGUUGGGAUUUUGUCGACCCUUUUCGCCUAAAGGAGCCACCCUGAGAAUUAUUCUUUGGUUGGUGUAAUUUUUCCCCACAUAACAAGAGAUGGGCCUCAAAGGAUUCCUUGAAGGAGGCAUCGCCUCGAUCGUCGCCGGAUGCUCCACCCAUCCUCUCGACCUCAUCAAGGUCCGCUUGCAGCUCCAAGGCGAGGCCAUCAGCCCCUCGGUCUCCGCCCUUCGUCCCGCUGACGCUCUUCACGGGGCCACUGGCAUGACCACCCUCCGCCACCAUCAUCCUGCCCUGACCCCGCCACGGCGCCCCGGCCCGAUCGCGGUGGGCGCGCAGAUCCUCCGUGCUGAGGGUCCCGCGGGGCUCUUCUCCGGGGUCUCGGCCACCCUCCUCCGACAGACCCUCUACUCCACCACGCGCAUGGGCCUCUACGACAUGCUGAAGAAGCGCUGGUCCGCGCCCGGUGACGGCGGGUCCAUCCCGCUUCACCGCAAGGUUGCCGCUGGCCUCAUCGCCGGGGGCAUCGGCGCCGCGGUCGGCAACCCCGCCGACGUGGCCAUGGUCCGGAUGCAGGCCGAUGGGCGGCUCCCACCAGAUAAGUGGCAAAGGUGGGAUAUAAAUCUAGGACAUUACAAUAAAUUGUCGAAGUCUUUACCAGCUAAACUAGCUAACACCUUCAAGUAA